AUGCUCGGCACCUGCAGGAUGGUUUGCGAUCCUUACGGUACCAAAUCCCCGACCAGCACGGUCUCAGCAGACCCGGCCCGGGACAGCAGCCUUAUGCAGUCUUUACCAACUUUUAUACAAGGUCCGAAAGGUGAACCGGGACGGCCAGGGAAAGUGGGGCCGAGGGGCCCUCCCGGUGAACCCGGACCCCCCGGACCCCCUGGACCACCCGGAGAGAAGGGGGAACCGGGAAGACCUGGAUUACCCGGGCAGCCGGGACCAAACAUGGCAACCGGCGCCAUCAGCGCGGCCACCUACAGCACCGUUCCCAAAAUCGCUUUUUACGCAGGGCUCAAAAAGCAGCACGAAGGCUACGAGCUGCUGAAGUUUGACGACGUUGUCACGAAUCUCGGGAAUCAUUACGACCCAACCACGGGCAAAUUUACCUGCUCCAUACCGGGAAUAUACUUCUUUACGUACCAUGUGCUCAUGAGAGGAGGAGACGGAACCAGCAUGUGGGCUGAUCUGUGCAAGAACAACCAGGUCCGUGCCAGCGCCAUCGCCCAGGACGCAGAUCAAAACUACGACUACGCCAGCAACAGUGCUGUUCUUCAUCUGGAGCCCGGAGACGAAGUCUACAUCAAAUUAGACGGGGGUAAAGCCCACGGGGGAAACAACAACAAGUACAGCACCUUCUCUGGUUUUAUUAUAUAUGCCGAUUAGGACAUACGCACCUACUCCAGACGGUCUAUCUCGUCCCCCUCUGCUAUUCCUCUUCCUUUCUUUCUUUCUUUUUUUUUUUUGGCAUAAUUUUCCUUUGGGCCCAGGGCAAGCAGACAGACCUGCUCAUACACCCCUCAUCAUUAGUCUGUAGAUGUGGGUUUGAAGGCAGAACUCUUUGCCCUGCAAUCCAAAAAUCAAGAGAGAACCAAAAAGAAAAAAAAAAGACCCGGAGAAAGAAGCACUUCAUCACUGAGGAAAGAUGUACCGAGGAAACGAAGCUACUGAGGAGUUUACUGUGUGUCUUUCUAUGUCUGUGGCCAUCAAAGAAGCCUGUGAGAUGUUUUCUAAUAUGUAACCUGACAUAAUCAGCUAUAUGUGCAAUAAUGUAAACUACGAUAUUAGUUAAUCAGAAACCAUCUCGGUCAGUCAGAUGCCUGAAUGAGUUGCUUAUCAUGAUGCAUUAGCCCAAAUUUCAUCAUCUUCCAUUAGAGAUCCAGUGUAACCUGACCAAAAUGUUCCUCUUGCAUAAUAUAUAUCUGCUAAAUCGCUGCAGAUAUUUAUUCCCUGACUGUUUGUGAGUGCUAAUUAUGAAUUAGGGACAUAAAACAAAACAAUAUACCUUGGUGGUAAUGGCAUGCCGUGAAAUUAUAUUCCAGAAUAGCUAAAGCUUUCAGCAUUUUACUUUUAGUCUGCCGUGUCAAAAGCCCUUUUUUUAGAUGUGUAAUGUUAGUUGGCAUCUUUUAUUGCACACAGACGUACUAGACCGAGAAGGAAUAUGUUUCUUGUGAUAUUUAGAGCACUAUGCAGAGUAUGGGUGUUAAUAUGUAAAUGUGUAUCUAUCUUCAGAGAUUUCCAGAAUGUGAUUAAUAAUAUUGCAAAUUAUUUUUAAUGUAAAUAUGGUAAUGGAUUUCUUUUUUGUUUGUUGUUGUUUUAAUAUGAAAGAGCAUCAGGUGAGCGUUAUGUAUCUGUGUCACUCUCAACUCCAGGUUGGGAUGGCAGGGAAAUGUGUGUGAUGAAUUAUUAUCCGAGGAUUAUAUUUCUGUUCCUGUCCUGCUGCUGUAAUUCUCAUUCACAUCUACAGCCCUCCAAACACAUUUUCCAUUAAAUGGAAAUUUGAUCAGAUAUGUGCAUUUUCUUCAUUUUAUGUAUCAGUUUCUAUAUGCAUGUUCAUUAGGGAAAACUGUUCGUAUACAUGCACUCUCAGAAAGGUUGAAAGGUUCUUUGGGGAACCAAAAAUGGUUCUUCUAUGGCAUUUCAUACAUCAUACAAUGUAUGAAGGUUUCAUAGGACUGAGUGAAUGUCUGAACAGCACUGGAGUUUGGGGUGAAUGUCAUCGCCGGACCAGAGCUUAUAAACAGUUCCUGUAUGCUAGUAAAUAUUUUUACCUUCUAUCAAACUCAAAUGGAAGAUGUUUGUUUCUCCAGGUCCAGUGAGUCUGGCUUUAUAUGGUUCUUCUGAGAUUAAAAUUUUGAUGGUGGACGUUGAAGGUCAGAUGGAGGACUCACUCACACACUCCAGAUGGAGGUCUGGCCUCUGCAGCUGUGAAUGAACCAAAAUGAAUCACUCCAGAUGUAUUCAGUCGUUUAAUAAUGUCAAAGAGAUACUGGACGCAUCUCAGUGAUAGAGAUGGAUGUUUGGUGGAGUAUACAUAUACGCUGUCUCAAAGUUGAUAUAAAACAAUUGCAUACA